AAGUCAACAUCCUGCUUGUGGUUUCAUGAUAUGAUUUAGCAAAAUAUGUCAGCUAACAAGUUACUAGAAGAUGCAAAUAAACUAUGGAAAAUGUUAGAUGAGAUGUCGGAGAAUGAUCCAGCUGGAUACCAAAAGUUUAUUAACAGACAGUUAGAGAAUUUUCGUAAAAGUGCAUCUCCACCUGUUGUACGUUUUGUUGUCAGAGUAACCCAAAAGGAGAAGAAACAACCUUUAUUGGUUAUCUUUUGCGAAUGGUCAGUUAUUCCAGAACCAAAAUCACCUGAUGCUCCUAUUUCUGUCAAAUGUGGUGAUGCAUUUACUGUCAAUGAAGUUGAUGCCAUCACGUUGGCUUUCAAUCCUGCAGUAUUCAAUGAGCAUAACUUCAAUGAGUCAUUAAAAGAUGAUCACACAGAAAGUGAAUAUCUAUUCUAUUCCCAAAAAGAUCACGAGGACAAUCGUUAUCAACUUGUUUGGCUUGGAUUAAAUUACUUAGAAAAUGAAAAAUCUUUACCUACAAUUGAAUCACACAGUAUCAUUUAUUCAAAUACUCCAAUACGUCCUAAACUAUUGAAACAGUCAGACAUAUAUGGAAGCAAAGAACAGAUCUAUAAAUCAAUCGGUUUCUUGAAAAGGUCAGUUCAAACAGGAGAUGAACAACUUGGUCAACAGACUAGCCUCAUACGAGAUUUGACACCAGAAGCUUUAACGAAAUUGAGAAGAGGUGAACUGAACAGUCAUCAUGAAGGUGAUGAUGACACUGACUCCAGUACUAUUAAAACUCUUAAGCUGCCAUCUACAGAAUCUAAUAAUCCUCAUUUGAAUAAUAAAGUUCUUAUCGAAGAGAUAAGCGAAGUGUCAAACGAUGCCGCGGAUCCUACACAACAGAGAGGAAAACUUGUUUCCUGGACAGCUGAAGUAAUUCCUUCUGAUUCCACAGGAAAGUCAAGUAACACGAACAAACUGAAAUUGACAUUCAAGCUGCCUGGUUUAAAAUCAGGCAAACAGUGUGAUGUAGAUUUAAUGAAGAAUCGAGUUAUGCUGAAGGUUGUAGACGCACCAAUUGAAUUUCAACCAUUAGAUCUUCGUUUACCUUGCUGUAUAGACACUGACACAGCUGAAGCGAAAUUUAAUUCAAAGAAAAGCAAACUGAUUAUUCUUGUUUCAAUACUUCCGACUUCAUAAUUUCUGUACAUCUUAACUGUGAUAUAUUAUUUCGAAAUGUAUUCAUCAUUUAUCAGUCAUGC